AUGAGCUCUGCAUCUAACGACGGACAAAAGCUGCUCCAGUACCGCUGUGGCAGACAUCCACUCGCUUUUCUUCCGUCUGCUGAUCUGGUGGCCACGUUUCGACCUUCGACCUCCGUGGCUCCGUCCCUUCUCCAUGGCUGGGAGGGGUGGUCCGCGAGCUGCGCGGUCACUGACGGCUCCGACUUCACCCACAGGGAAAAGGUGGCGAGUCACUACCAGACGAGCGUGGUGCUCAAAUACAGAUUCAAACUUUUGCUCUGCGUCCAGUCAGCUCUCGCAGUCCUUUGUCUCGCCGUUGGCUUCCUCGUCCGCUACGACUACUGCUUCCUCCUCACUUUUUCUGGCUACCUCGUGGGAGUUCCACUUGCCUACCUUUCCCUAAGGAAGAACAACGUCGGUUUCAUCAACACGUAUGGGACGGCUUGCUCCAUGCUCGGUGUCUUCCCCAUGAUGUUCAUCAUCUAUCUAUCAGUCUGGACCGGUACUCUGGAUAGAUAUAGGACACUGAGACUCGUGUCAGCUACACUAGUGGUAGUGGCGAACGCACUGGGGAUGUUCAUCGCCAAGAACCUCAUGAUUGCAUGGACAAACAAAACCAAGAAAGGCGGGGCUCAUUUCGUGCGCGGAGGUGUGCAUAAAACAGGUUUUGCAAGACAAGUUCUGGACACUACAUACAAGGCCAACAACCAGCUGGAAAGGAAAGAACGAAGAGAGAGAGGCAAAGCGAUGACUGACACUGUGAAACUAGCGCUGUGUGGAUUCGGGCGGGCGGGAAAGGUACACUUUCGCGGGAUACGAAGCAACCAUCGCUGUCAAAUCAAGUACAUCGUGGACUGCUUCGAGGACCCGGCCGUUCUCAAGAGCGUCAGCUCCGUGUUGGUAGAGUAUCGAAUGCUGGGCUCCGUGAAACUGGUCAAGACGAGCGAAUACAAAAGCGUCGUUCUGUCGGACAGCGACCUCCACGGGGUGGUAGUGACGACGCCCACCCCGCACCACGAAUCUUACGUCGUGAGCGCGCUGCGAGCGAAGAAGGCGGUCUUCUGCGAGAAGCCGCUCGCCUCGGACAUCGGCGGUGUCAUGCACGCCUACCACAUCGCCGAGAGGGACAACCUACCGCUCUUCUGCGCCUUUCAAAGACGUUUCGACCCGGGCAUGUCCAAGCUUCGACACAACGUGGCGGAGGGGAAGAUUGGUAGGGUGUUCAGCUCAAAUCUACUCAGUAGGGACUCUCCUAGACCAUCCAUUGAGUACCUCAAGACUUCUGGAGGGAUGUACCACGACACGGCAGUCCACGACAUUGACAUGCUGUGCUGGAUAGUAGGAGAAGAGCCGGUCGGGGUGUUUGCUCAGGGUUCUGUCUUUGACCCCGAGAUUGCCAGUGUGGGGGACGUGGACACUAUUGCUAUAACUCUCAAGUUCCCCAGUGGAGCCCUGGCUGUGUCAGAUCUCAGUCGACAUGCUUCAUAUGGAUACGACAUGAGAUUAGAGGCUUUUGGAGAGAAGGGUGUUCUGCUGUGUGAGAAUGUCCACGAAGAUCCCUGCCUCCACUACUCGAGCUCCUCUGGUUCCUCUGCCAGCCUUAUCCAAUACUCCUUUGCCGAGAGGUUCAAAGUUGCGUACGAGCGAGAGAUGGACCAUUUUGUUGACCUGAUCCUGGACCCAUCCACCGAGUGUGCCGUCAGUCGAGACGACGUGCUACUCUCUACGCGGAUUGCCAAUGCCUGCUGACGGUCUCAGAGAGAAGGCGAAUGGUGGAACUGAGCCUAUACCAACACCGUACAGAAUGGAUAUAACAGCGUCAUAGAGUCAUAAGUUUUUAACUCAUGUAAUGAUAUUAUUCGUGUACAGGGUAUUAAUAUUUCACAACGUAAUAGUUGACUCUUGCUCUAUUAUCUUGCCUUACCUUGAUGUCCUUUGCCCCUUCCUACUCUCCGGUUUAAUCAUUGAUCUCGCAGGUUAUUAUGCAAAAGAUGUACCAACAUUUUAACAUUCUUUGUUCACUUGGGUUAUCAUUUCAAGUGAAGUUUUAUGAAAAUCGCCAUUA